AUGAAACAAUUUGCUGAGGCUUUAAUUAAAUGCGAAUCAGACGAACAGCGUCGCAAACACCUAAUUGAAUCACUUGAUGAUUUGUCAUUUGAUUAUCCCGAUGUUUACUCAAUGCUAUUUAAGGAGAUGAAAAUAAGAGAACUGGAAGCCAACGAUCCGAACAAAAUCUCCGAAUGGCUAAGCACUUCUAACACGUCAAACUCAAUUGUGAAAAUUCAUGAAGCCUUGCUAUUAGUUAAAAAUGACGAAAUGAUGGUUAAAGAAGAACACCUAGAUAAUUUAAAGCAUAUGCUUUGCCGCACAAUAGAAAACGGAACUCACAUGGAGGAGGUUGUAAAAAUAUGCUAUUUGAUUGAGAAAUCACCAUCCUUAAAAACCAUACACGAACUUUUGAAAAAUCUUGUUAAACGAGUAAAACAGCUGCCCAACGACAAUAAUUACUACACAGACACAGAUCAUUUUUGGAAAGAUUUUUUUAAACGAACUCAAAUCGACCUUUCCAAAACCCUCGAUACUCAAAGUGCUCAACAGCAACAAAAAUAUAAACAGGACGCACAUGCAUGGAAUAAAAUCAAACACUUACAUUUAAAUCCUUUGAACGACCUUCCUAACUUUGACUUGAAAUGUUUUGGUAAUAACCAUCUCGAAAUGGUUGCAGCUGCUCAUAGGCGUAGCAUUUUGGACAACCAAACGAUCGUUGAUCAAGAUAUGGAUGGAGCAUUUACCAAAUGGCUUCACUUCUGUAAGUUAAAAAAAUACCAAUGGUUUUUUAAUAACCUCAGCUACCUUGAAAUUGUACUUAUUGACGAGGAAAAUAUCGAAAAGCUUAUAGCCAAGGUGAAUAGGGACUCCACGGAGGAAAAUUACAUUAAAGAUUGUGAUCAGAAGAAAAUAUGCGAGGAGACUAAAGCUUUGAGACACAGACCAAUAAAAUUAAACAAUUUGAUAACGGCCUUAGAGUCUAACGUAAAUUUGGAUAAUAUGAGCAAAUUUAUUACAUACAUGCGGAAGAUACUUCAUUAUCCCAUCCCGAAUAAGAACUGUGUUAUCGACGAACAACUACAACAAGAUAUAAUCACCGUUAUGGAUAAAUUUAUGGAUCAUCUAAUGAAAAAACUUGAUACAGUUGAAUUCCUUGCUGCCAAAAGCCAGCUUGGAGUUAUAAUUAAUAAGUACCUAGAAUGCAUAUCGCUAAUUAACGGAAAUCAGACAUUCAUAGAUCAUCAUAUCAACUUACUAUAUAUUUUCGAUGAUGUACUGAAGAAUAAAGUUCUUAAUAUGCACAGAGACUUCAAUUAA